AAAGACAACAUUGAGCAGCGAAGCCGAAGCACACCACCGCGAAACCCUCCCCCGACGCUGCCGGCUGCCCCCGCAAUGGAUCCCAAGGCGGCGGCGAGGUCGAAGCGCUCGCACACGGUGCACGGCCGCCGCACCCACCAGACCCCCGCCGCGGCCGCAGCGCAAAAGCAGAAGCGCGCAGCCGCCGCCGCCGGCAGCGGCUCCUCCUCCUCAUCCGCCCCUCGCAGCCGCAACCUCCCCUCUAACUGGGACCGCUACGAGGACGAACCCGAGGCAGACGACCCCGCGGCCGCCGCGGAAUGGACCGGCGAGGUGGCGCCGCGCAGCAAGGGCGCCGACUUCGCCUUCCUCCUCGAGCAGGCGCGGACGCAGCCCCGCGAGGAGCGUGGCCUCGGCGUGUCGGGCCAGCUCGCCUCCCAGAACUCGCCAUUUGAUUUUAUGCAGGCAUCUACCUCUAUGCUUGAAGCUAAAGGGGAUGGGAUUAUGUCCUGGAUUGAAGACGAUAAUUUCAUAUUAGAGGAUGAUUUAGCACCAGAUUUUGAGGUACCUUUUCUCUCCAUGGAUCUGGAUGCAUUGGCCACCCAACUUUUGAAGCUUAAGCUCUCUCAGAGACUUUUCAUAGAAGAAGAUCUACUACCUGAGGAUCUGGCUGUUGCAUCAGAAGAUAAUGAAAUAGUGAUUCAAUGUGACACAUUGUUGGAUUGUGGUGCUAAAGAAAGUUUGGUUCAAAGUAACUUCAAGGAUGUAAAGCCUGGGAAAGAUCCAAUUAGUCAUGACCAUGCCAGCAGCAUCCUUUCUGAUGAUCAAAUGAAAACAGAUCAUCAACUUGUGCAUUCAGACACUGAAGAAGAUAAAAACUAUACGAGAAUCACAGAUACCGUUACAAGCUCAGGUCAUGGCAAACAGUCAAAGCUUGAGCUGGUUGGUCCUGAAGAAGAACUUGACAUGCUUCUUAAUUCCCUUGGAGGAACUCACCUUUCUAGCUCCAACCUAGGUAAGUCGUUUGGAAAUAGUUCAACUUUAGAAGGAACGAAGGUCAGUGAGUCAAAUGAGAAAUUCAAAGCUAGUAGCUCGUCCAAAUCGCUGGCACUUGCUCCUCUUGAUGACGCCCUAGAUGCCUUACUUUCGGAGACUUCUUUACCUGUUGAGAUUGAAGGUUUUGCUGCCUCAAGUGUAACUUCUCGAUCAACUAUCGACUCAGACAACAACACUGACUUUAGAUGUGCCAAGCAGAUUGAUGUAACAACAUCUAUUGAUGAUUCAGUCGAUGAUUUGCUUGCGGACAUUUCGUUCUUCUUAAAUGAUCAGAAACAAACUACACUUGUACAAGGGCAACAGAACAUCUCAAAUGUCAGUGUGCCUCCUCAUUCUGGUUCCUCAAAUGUAUCAGCUGAUUUUGAUUCAUGGUUUGAUUCACUAUAGAAACGGAAGAAACAAAUUUAUAGUGAAGAGGUGUGAGUUGGCUUUCACUGAUCUGUUACUGUAACACUAAUGCCUACAGUAGUUUUGUUCACUUCAUGAAUCUAUGUAGCUAGCCCUUUGGAAAGCUGUCUUUCGAAGCUCCCAUGCCCAUUGUUAUGGAGGUCUGGAUAAAAAUCUUAGUAUGGCUCAGAUUAUGGCAAGCCUGCUUCGCAGCCCUUCGCAUCACUUUUCGGCUUGUGCCAGUUUGGGGCUAUGCCUAUGUUAGUAUAUUGAACUGUUGUCAUACUGACCAGGAAUCCAGAAGGCUGGUUGCUGUGUAAUCUCAUAAUGCCAAUCUGUACAUUCAUGAACUGAGUUUAGUCACAUCUUUGUAGUAUCUUCCAUACUUCCAUCCUUAAUUUAUUGUUCUUGUCAAAACAAAGCUAAUGCAAAGAUUUGAGUCUUCCUGUUU